AUUCUUUAUUUGGUAACAUUAACUAAAACCCAGGUGUUGAUUUAUAAAAGGAAGAUGUUAUAGCAGAGUAUUUAGGAAACAAAGAUUUUCUCUGCUUCUUCGUCUCUUAAAAAACAAAGAGAUAAGUAAAAAGAUAGAGAUAAAGAGAAAAAGAAAAGUUUUUGCUUUGGGUUUGUUUAUUUUUCUAAGAAUUAUUUUAUUUAUUUUUUCUUUUUUUUUUUGUGUGUGAUUUCUCGAUAUCAUUGGUUGCACGUGGAAACCCAGAAGAGUUGGUAAAAUUGUCAGAAGCAUGGCUCUUUCCGGGGCUAAUAAUGAUAGAGGAGAAUUGAGAAUUCAUGAAAAUUUGGAUGAGCUAAGGACAGAUUUGGCUGACUAUAUUGCUGAGUUAUCAGAGGCUGCGGUGAAGGAGAGGGGCGUCUUUGCUAUUGCAUUAUCUGGAGGUUCUCUCAUUGGCUUAAUGGGAAAACUCUGUGAAGCUCCUUAUAACAGGACUGUAGACUGGGCUAAAUGGUAUAUAUUUUGGGCGGAUGAACGUGUUGUGGCAAAAAACCAUUCUGAUAGCAAUUAUAAGCUUGCAAAGGAUGGUCUUCUUUCCAAGGUGCCGAUUGUUCCCAGCCAUGUUCAUUCUAUCAAUGAUUCAGUUUCAGCAGAGGAGGCUGCUGAUGAGUAUAUGUUUGUUAUCCGGCAGUUAGUGAAAAUACGGAUGGUCAGUGUUUCUGACAUUAGUGACUGCCCCAAGUUUGAUCUUAUCCUUCUUGGGAUGGGUCCUGAUGGUCACAUUGCCUCGCUGUUUCCUAAUCAUUCAGCGCUCAAUGAGACAGAAGAAUGGGUAACUUUUAUCACCGAUUCCCCCAAACCACCACCUGAGAGGAUAACAUUCACUUUGCCUGUCAUCAAUUCAGCAUCCAAUGUAGCAAUGGUCGUGACAGGUGAGAGCAAAGCAGAGGCUGUGCAUUUGGCAAUUGAUAAUGUUGGACCCGACUGCCCAUCACUUCCUGCACGGUUAGUCCAACCAACAAAAGGGAAGUUGGUAUGGUUUUUGGACAAGCCAGCUGCAUCAAAACUGGGCGGUCUUCAAUUUUCUGAGUAGGGUCAAGUUUUUCUUGCCAUACCGUAUGUUUGUAUGUAGUUGGAGGAUUUCGAAACAUGUUGAUCCUCGUCUUCGAUUAGCUCCUGCUUCUUUUUCUUAGUUUGGUUAAAUUCUUCAUUUUGGUUUUCCUUCCUCUCUGUUCUAUUUGAGAUGGGAAAUGUGGUAUCGUUUUUGUAAGGAGAGGAAAAUAAAAGUUGGGGUCUUAAUGCAAAGCCUUUUCGUGGUUCAGGUUCCAUUAACAUGUGAAUGUGAAGUUUGGGUGCUGUCCAUUGGGAAGCCAGAUGAGUGAAAUGUGGAACGGCAUGCCUACCACGUUGACACAUGCUCCGUAUUUUAAAGGGGAAAUUUUCCUACCCUUGGCCCACUGGAAUCCCAAUCUUCUGACCUGGAUAAUCAAAGUAAAAUCAAACUGUGGCAAUAUACAUUUGCAUGGAUCAAAGAUCAAUCUCUGUUGUAAAGAUGGAUUAUAAUCAAUAAUUACUUAAGAAAUUGUGUGAUGCGUCUUUGUAAUAUGCCAAAUCAGAGCCUUUCUCAUUCACUG